AACAUGCCAUAUUGUCUUGGCAGUUAUUCAUCAUUUUGUUUCUGAACUUUGAUGAAACAACAGAGAGAAAGAAAAGGUGGACAAUUUUGUUUCAAAUGAAAGGAAAUGUAAAUCUUGCUCCAGGAUGUAUGUAGCCAAGCCUGUCCUCUGUUGGAUCAUAAUUCUUUGCUUUAGGCAGGAAACUCAAGCCAAACCUACGAUCUCUGAACCGAACCAGGGUGGCACUAGCAGGAGAAACUCUUAAUUUCAAACUGUUAGUGUGUAUCCCAGCAAACUACACCACUAACAAACUUAGAUUGUACCAUAAUCAGAGCAGAAGGAUAAUUUGGAGUAGAGAACUUAAAAGUGUAUUUUUUGAAACUACACAGUUGGAGAUGGCACGUAUCAAAAUGCGCAAUAGUUCCAGUUCUGGCAAUUACUACUUUUAUUAUACAGAUCAGAAGGUGCAUUGGGUGGUUCAAGUGAGAGGUGAGUACACGGAUCAUUGAUCCAGGGUUGGUCCUACAUUCUAUAUGCUCCAUAAUUGAAAUGCACUGCUGUGACUGAGAGAUUAGCAUAUGAAUGAAUCUUGAAAUUAACCGUUUACAUUUCUGAUUUUUUAAAAUAAAGACAUGAGUUUGGCCAUGUGACUAGGCAUGUUAGACUUAAAACUGACACUUUCAGCAAAAAAGAGCUGUAAUGCAAAAACCGAGCCACAAACAAAGUUCCUUUUUUACGUUCUCUCUAUUUCUUCUAUUUUACUCUUACUCCAACUCUUUGUUUUCCAGAUAAGGGUUAUCAGCAGCAACUUGAGUUAGACAGUGCCAUCUUCACAAUGAUGGCAUUUUCAGGAACUCUGCUCAUCUUCAGUGUUGCUGGGUCACUUUACAUAGUAAAAAGCUACAAGGUAAAACUUGGCUGCACAGUGUGUCGUAGAAACAUUAGAACAUACUGCAAUAAUUCAUUUUAUUCUAAUUUGUUGAAUGUACGUUUAUUUAAUUUCAGAUGCUCUCUUGUAUACUUUAAUGCAUUAAUUAGAUGGUACUCAUGCUGUAAAAGUUCAGUACAUCUCAAAGGAUUCAAUCUAAGAAUGGGGGGGGGGGGGGGUUGUACGCUGGACGUGUGAACAUUGAUUAUAACAUUACAAUGGCACCUGUCAAGGGGUGGGAUAUACUGGGCAGCAAGUAAACAGUCUUUCAUGUGUCAGAAGAAGAAAAAAUGGGCGGGUGAAAAUAUCUGAAUAACUUGGACAAGGACCAAAUAGUGAUAGCUGGAUGACUGGUCAGAGCAGCUCCAAAACACAAAGUCUUGUUGCAGUGUUUAGUUUAGAUCAGGUGGAUGGCUGGGUACGAAUGUAUCAUUUACCUGGGGAAGAGGUGGCAGUAGGAUGAACUAUGGGAAGAAGGCAGAACGGUGGAGGGAUCUGACAUUCAUGUGGAUGUUACUUUGAUACUACCCGCCUGGCUGAAGAUUGUUUCAGCAGAAAUAUGCUCCCUGGUGCACUGCAUAAACUGUUUAAAAAAAUGGUUUUGAGGAAUGUGAAAAAAAAAAAAAAAAAAAAAAGUUGAAGAUGUUGCCUUUGUCUCCAGAUUCCCCAGAUCUCAAUCUGAUUGAGCAUCUGUGGGAUGUGCAGCAAAUCUAAUCCAUGGAGGCAUCAACUUGCAACUUGCAGUGCUUAAAGCAUCUGUUUCCAAUGUCUAGAUAGUACAGGCAACAUUAUGAGAUUUUGUUGUGUCCAUGUUUCGACGCGUCGGAGCUGCUUUGACAACACAAGGGGGACCGACAUGAUAUAAGGCAGGUGUUUUUAAUGUUAUGGCUGAUCAGUAUUUAUGGACUCAUAACUAAACGGUAAAUGCCAGUUCAGAAAAUAUGACAUAUGUGCUAUUAUGCAAGAUGUAUAAAUAAAAUAAAAAUACAUUUUUAGGAACACCAUACUUGUAGAGAUGACAAAAAUGUCGCAGACCAGAGGCCAGGGUGGAGUGAUGAAGUGAUACUGGAUGAAGAUGCUGAAUCUACACAACUCUACACAGCGCUACAAUACAAAUCAAGCUCCAUUUAUGAUGCAGUGCAUCUAGACGUGAUGCAUGAAGAAAACACAAAGAAAACAUCUGAUGAAAAGAACCGCGAAGAACAAGAAGAUGAAGUAUUUGAUUUGGUUUAUGAAAACGUGAAUGAAUGAAGUAAUGAUUAAGUUAAUUAAUUUGAUUCAUGAAUACUUGCUGGAUUUUUUUUUUAAUAUAAUUUAAUAUUUUAUGGGCCAGUGUAAAAUAAAAUAAAUGAAAUAUGAAAACAACUGAAUUUUGUGUCGUUUUCCCCCAAAUUCAUCAAGCCUCUCACCAGUGGAUUUUUUUUGUAAAAGCCCCGCCCUUACUCUAUGUAAGCCAAUCAAAUAAUCUUCAGAUGUGUGUAACCAAUAGGAACGCUCGUAUCCUAACUUCCUGUCAGAUUGCUCCUCCUCUUGGAAGUGUCAACAUGGCAGCCGAGGGAGAUUUUCUGACGCGCUACCGGGCGGUGUCAAAUAAACUGAAAAAACGUUUUCUCCGGAAGCCUAAUGUCGCUGAAGCAAGUGAACAGUUCGGUCAGCUGGCCAAGGAGCUCAAACAGCAGGACUGUCCUCAGUAUGCUGCCUUCUGUAAUCUCGCCAUGGCCCGCUGUGAGCAGACCCUGUUCAACGCACCAGGAGAAGCCCUGGCUUUGACUGAUGCAGCCAGACUCUUUCUGGCCUCAGAACAGGAAACCAGAGCACUGAGGGCUCCCGGCUUCGAUGAGAACAUGCAGGCAGCCAUGAACUGCUAUAGUUUUGCUAUUAAGGUCUAUAUUGAGAUGAAUCAGCCUGUUAUGGCGGCCAGUCUCUCACUGGAGCUUGGCAAUGCUCUGAAGGAGAUGAACAGACCCGGGGAGGCGAUAGUUCACUUCCAGAGAGCCGCAGAACUCCAGAUUCAGACUCCGAUUGAGGCCCUGCAGUCACUGUGGGAAAUGGCCUCCUGCAAAAUACUGACCCGUGAUCAUGAUGGUGCUCUUGCUGUUCUCUCUGAAAUGCAGCACAUGAGCCAGGAAAGAGGACUACAGCUACCUGGGACAAAUACCCCUGUCGGAGCAUAUAUGGAUAUCAUAGCAAAGUGCGAAAUCUCCAGGGUUUUACUUCUUAUGUUGCUUGAGCCUCCCCCUCAAAAGCUGUUACCCGAGCACGCUCAAACACUAGAACGAUAUGCCUGGGAAUCCUUCGACUCACACAGUCAGGUAAACUUCCUUCCAGAAAAUGUGUUCCUCCUCCUGCAGUCGGUUGUGAUGGCCUGUCAGGAAAAGGAUACAGAAUCUCUCAAGGCUCUCCAGACAGAAUUAUGGCCUCUCCUUUCGGCAGAACAGAAUCAUCUCCUCCAUUUAGUGGUUCAGGAACGAAUUACACCCUCCGGUCAGGGCAUAUGAUUUGGUAGCAUACACCCCCACAAAACAGUUCUUAUUGGAACAUUCCUGAGCCAGUGCCUUGUGCAUUUUGCAUGAGGACUGUAGAAGGUCGCUGAACCUAGCAGAGCUGUACAUACACCUAUGAAAAUGCCUAAAAUAACAGAAGGUUUAUUUGCUUUUGUAAUAAUGAAUGUACAUUUUAUUCCCCAUUUUCAUAUAACGGUAAGAUAUUGUAUGAAAAAGGUAAAUGAUUAUGUUGAAGCUGUUAUGUUGAAAAGUUAAAUAUUGAUGUAAAUAAUAAAAUAACAAAAGUU